UAUAUAUAAAACAGAGCCGAGGACUACCCAGACACCGUAGACGGACCACUCCUCAAGCUCACACGGCUAGCUAGGAGUGAAAGAGUGAGGGGUGAGGACGCGGGACGCCUAUUCGCUAGUACAACAAUAAUCGAGCGCGAGAGAGAAAGGAGACCGAGGCCGGCACACCAGGACAGGACCUCGUCCCCGCCUCCACACCGACACUUGCUUCGCCAUGAGCACGGACGCCGUCCCGGUCGCCGUGGUGCCGGCGAAGCGCCCGCCCAUCAACAAAUACGCCUUCGCGUGCGCGCUUCUCGCCUCCAUGAACUCCGUCCUCCUCGGCUAUGACAUCUCGGUGAUGAGCGGCGCGCAGUUAUUCAUGAAGGAGGACCUGAAGAUCACAGACACGCAGAUCGAGAUCCUCGCCGGCGUCAUCAACAUCUACUCGCUCUUCGGUUCGCUGGCAGCCGGCUUCACCUCCGACUGGCUCGGCCGGCGGUACACCAUGGUGCUCGCGGCCGCCAUCUUCUUCACGGGCGCUAUACUGAUGGGCCUCGCCCCGGACUACGCCAUCCUCAUGGUCGGCCGCUUCGUGGCCGGCGUCGGCGUCGGCUUCGCACUCAUGAUCGCCCCCGUGUACACGGCCGAGGUGGCGCCCACCUCGGCUCGCGGCUUCCUCACUUCGUUCCCGGAGGUGUUCAACAACUUCGGCAUCCUCCUCGGCUACGUCUCCAACUUCGCCUUCGCGCGCCUCCCCGUCCAUCUGAGCUGGCGCGCCAUGUUCCUUGUCGGCGCCGUGCCGCCUGUCUUCCUCGGCGUCGCCGUCCUCGCCAUGCCGGAGUCGCCCCGGUGGCUGGUCAUGCGGGGCCGCAUCGAGGACGCGCGCCGCGUCCUGCAGAAGACCUCCGACUCGCCCGCCGAGGCCGAGGAGCGGCUCCUUGACAUCAAGAAGGCCGUCGGCAUCCCCGAGGGCGUGUCCGACGCCGACGACGCGGUCGCCAUCGUCCGCGCGAAUAAGGGCUCGCAUAGCGAGGGGGUGUGGAAGGAGCUGCUGAUCAACCCUUCCCGUCCCGUGCGCCGCAUGCUCGUGGCCGGCCUCGGGCUCAUGUUCAUCCAGCAAGCCACGGGCGUGGACUGCGUGGUGAUGUACAGCCCCCGGGUGUUCGAGCGGGCCGGCAUCAAGUCCAAGACCAACUCGCUGGGGGCCUCCAUGGCGGUGGGCGCGUGCAAGACGUUUUUCAUACCAAUCUCGACGCUACUCCUCGACCGCAUCGGCCGGCGGCCGCUGCUGCUCGCGAGCGGCGGCGGGAUGACCAUCUUCCUGUUCACGCUGGCCACGUCCCUGCUCAUGAUGGACCGGCGCCCGAAAGGUGAGGCGACGGCGCUGGGCGCGGUGAGCAUCGCGGCGAUGCUGUCGUUCGUGGCGUCGUUCGCCUCGGGGAUGGGCCCCGUCGCGUGGGUGUACUGCUCGGAGAUCUACCCGCUGCGACUGCGCGCGCAGGCCGCCGCCCUCGGCACGGGGCUGAACCGGAUCAUGAGCGGAGCCACAACUAUGUCCUUCCUCUCGCUCUCCAACUCCAUAACCAUCGCCGGGAGCUUCUACCUCUACGCCUGCAUCGCCGCCGCCGGGUGGGUGUUCAUGUACUUCUUCCUGCCGGAGACAAUGGGAAAGAGCCUGGAGGACACCGUGAAGCUCUUCGGCAAGGACGCAGACGACGAGGACGUCGGCGGCCGUCACGAGCGCAAGAAACCCACUGAGCUGGGUGCUCAGGCUCAGCAGUGAAUCAAGUACCAUGCAUCCACGUGUCCGACACGCGAUCCAGAGUGUGGCCGAAGCUUGCUGUUCCGAAAAGCUUCGAUGAUAUGUUUCGUGUGGUGAUAAUCUUUAGAUCCUGCCCACCUUACGUUAGAUUUCUGGGUUUUUCGAUCUGAUUCUUGCUCACUCGUUAUUGGCCGUAGCCAACAUGUAGAGACACUGAGCCUGGUAUUCCAUGCGUUCAAAACGUCACAGCCACCGUAGCCGUUUUUAGCUCUGCCUUGUGGACUGCAAGCGUGACAGAUCUUUGUGAGUUCUACUGUGGCAGUGUCUAAACUGUACUGGUGAGCAGUGUGUCUACUUAUGUACAUAUGCCUGUUGUUAUAUCACUAUGAGUGGGCCAUCCUUGUGUCAUUCUGUGGUUA